CUCGACUAUGGCGGAUCAGCUCACCGACGAUCAGAUCUCCGAGUUCAAGGAAGCCUUCAGCUUAUUCGACAAGGAUGGUGAUGGUUGCAUUACCACGAAGGAGCUUGGCACCGUGAUGCGUUCCCUAGGUCAAAACCCGACAGAAGCUGAGCUUCAGGACAUGAUCAACGAAGUUGACGCAGAUGGUAACGGAACCAUCGAUUUUCCUGAGUUCUUGAACCUUAUGGCUAGGAAAAUGAAGGACACGGACUCCGAGGAAGAACUCAAAGAAGCGUUCAGAGUCUUUGAUAAAGACCAGAACGGUUUCAUCUCUGCUGCUGAGUUGAGACAUGUGAUGACGAAUCUCGGCGAGAAGCUAACUGAUGAGGAAGUUGAUGAGAUGAUUAAGGAAGCUGAUGUUGAUGGUGAUGGUCAGAUUAACUAUGAAGAGUUCGUCAAGGUUAUGAUGGCCAAGUGAGGCCACAACCUACUUGUUACUUCCCCUCUUUUUAUUAUGUAAUAUUCAUGGCUUUUUCUUUUGGUGAUUACAAGAGACAGGAAUGUUAUAUCUCUUUUAUGUUGUUAGUUUCUGUCUGAAUGAUUGAUUUACCUAGUGGUUUUUUGUCUUCAUAGAGGUUGUCUAUGUAUUUAAAAUGAAUAACCAAACUAUCCUGGAAAUAUGUA